AUGUCAGAAUUAAAGCAAUUAAGAGCCAAACGAACUAAUAUCAAAGGACAGCUUACACAAUUCAUAAAUUUCAUACGAGACCAAGGCGAGAACCAAAGGGCGCAACUGGCCGACAGGAUCCGUCGGGCUGAGGACCUUUACAACUCGUACAACGAGACGCAAUCAAAAAUAGCCGAAAUAAAGAUCGAGGCAUUAAUGGAGAGGUUGCCAGUACCAACCACGGAAGAAGUGAAGACACUGGAAGCAGACUUGGCACGCAAGAGAUCGUCGGUCGAGGAUGCUUACUUCGAGUACAUAGCGAAAGCAAGGCAGAUGCUAGAACCAGAGCGUGCGGUAAAUAACAUAAUAGUACAAACGCCAGAACAACAGGUAAACAAUCUUAAUGUAAAAUUACCUACACUGCAACUUCCAAAAUUUAGUGGUAGUUAUGACCAAUGGCUCAUGUUCAAAGAUACAUUCACUUCAGUUAUAGACUAUUCCGUUCGUACUCAUAUCAGAGCACUAGAAACGUUGCGACAGCCAGUCACACAAUGGGACACUCUUCUCAUUUACUUAUUAAGCGAUAAGUUAGAUUAUAAUACUAGAAAAGAUUGGGAGUUAGAGGUAGCAAAAACGGACUCAGAAAACAUGCCCUCGCUAGAAUCAUUACUAGAAUUUUUAACGAACAGAGCUCACACUUUAGAAUUAAUAGAAGGCACGAAAAAUAAGUUAGAGAUCACGUCCAAAAAACCGGUUAAGAGAGUAAACGUAGCAGCCAUAACAUCAAAAAAAGAGAAAAGGUUCAAAAAAGACAGCUUUAACUGUCUACGUAAGGGUCACUAUAUACAAGCGUGUACGGCCUCGACUUGUAAGUUAUGUUCUAAAAAGCAUAACACUAUGCUGCAUAUGGACAGAGAGGAUCAUCCAGACAACAAAUCUACGAAAAGCCAACUAGCAACAUCAGACAAUAGAAACGGAGCAAGAUCAGCAAAAACGUCGGAAUCAAAACAGGCUAAACAUAACACAGCAUCAUCAGACAACAAAACAGCGGUCAUAGUAACUACAACUCGGACCACAGAACUUUUGGUUUUUGUAGCCACAGCAAAAGUAUACAUAGAGGAUGGAGAUGGCAACUUGCAAGUAUGCCGAGCCAUGCUCGACCCAGGGGCGCAGACCGACAUUAUCACAAAAGAGUUAGCGAAAAGACUCAAUUUGAGAACCGACAAAGCGGAGGUGCCACUCAGUGGCAUCAGCCAGACGCGAACAACAGCCAAGGAAGAAGUCGUAGCCAAAAUCAAAUCUAUGCACAACGAUUUCGUAUUAGUAUUAAAAUGUCUAGUCAUGCCAACUAUAACUGAAAGACUACCGCAAAUCAAGGUAAACACAACUUCAUGGAAUAUCCCGAAGGAUAUAAAGAUGGCAGACCCAGAUUUUAACCUACCUGGAACAAUAGAACUGCUCAUAGGAAGCGCCAAGUUCUGGAAACUGUUGGGCACCAGACAACGAGAAUUAGAAGAUACAUUGCCUACAUUACAAAAAACGCGGCUUGGAUGGAUCGUUGGUAAAAGACUAAUAGAUACAAGAAAAACAAGAAACAGACGAGUGUGUAACAUCGCUACUUUAAACGACCAGUUAACAAAAUUCUGGAAUAUUGAAGAGUUGCCAUUAGAAAAACAGGAACAGGCUUACUCACCACAGGAACAACAAGCGGAAGACUUCUUCAUACAAACAGUAAAAAGAGACAGUAACGGAAGAUACGUCGUGCGUCUGCCAAAAGACGAUUCAGUAAAGCUUGGGGAAUUAGAGAACGUUGCAGUUCAAAGAUUUAUAUACAUCGAAAGAAAGCUAAAGCAACAACCACAGUUACAAGAAGAUUACCAUAGUUUCAUCCAAGACUACGAGACACUAGGACAUCUGUCCUUACCGCAUCAGCCGGUUAUUAAGACAUUGAGUCUAUCUACGAAAUUAAGAGUCGUGUUCGACGGCUUGGCCAAGACGUCAUCGGGCAUGUCGUUAAAUCAAAAACUCCUGAGUGGGCCCAAUCUGCAAAAGGACUUAUGGCAAAUUACGAUACGCUUCAAAGAGCAUCUAUUCGUAAUCACAGCAGAUAUCAAAAUGAUGUUUAGACAAAUCUGGGUGGCGGAGGAAGAUAGAGAUUUACAGAGGAUCAUCUGGAGGCAUCUAGCUACGCAGCCAAAGGCAGCCAAACGAGAGGCAACAGCCAAAGUGCUGCUCAAUGACUUCUAUAUGGACGACGUAUUAACGGGCACCAGCACAUUACAUCAAGCAGUUGAGUUACGAAAAGAACUGUCAGAUCUAUUAGCAGCGGAUCUUGUGCAGGACAGAAAAGAAGAUAGUCUGUUGAUAUUAAAUUCAGAGAAACCUUUAAAGACGUUGGGGUUCCUCUGGAAUUCAACCGAAGAUACACUACAAUACUCGGUGACCUUAACAGAAAACAGCAUAAGUACAAAACGUAGCAUACUGUCACAAAUUGCAAGAAUUUAUGAUCCGCUUGGACUAAUAGGGCCAGUGCUCAUAAACGCAAAGAUGACCAUGCAGGAAAUCUGGAAGUUGAGCAUAGAUUGGGACGAUCCAGUACCCAAAACAUUCAGACACUCGUGGAAUAAAUACUACAAGUCACUUACCACGCUCAGAGUCGUAGAAAUAAAUAACUUAGUACCCGGAAUCAAAUGGUACCAUGUACUGUCGUCACAAAACCCGGCAGACCUUUUAUCAAGAGGCACAACUGCUGAAGGUUUAAUAGACAACGAGCUGUGGUGGCACGAUCCACCGUGGCUCCCCAAUCAGGAACAAUGGCCUAAAACGCACAUUGAGCUACCGUCAACCGUAAUAGGAAUGCGUGAAGAGGUAGUAUUGACAGCUUCCACAUUGCAGCAAGAUCUCCUACAAAGAUACUCUUUGAUUAACAAAUUUAAGAAGGUCAUAGCCUAUUGCUUGCGAUUUAAGAAACCGCCAGGACAGCGCAGAGCCACACCUCUAACAAUAGAGGAACUCGACAAAGCGGAACAAGCCAUCUGCCGUAUGGUACAAGCAGAAAGUUUUCCACACGAAAUUCGAGAUUUGCAACAGAAAAAAAGAGUGCACGCUAGCAACCAGCUAACCGCUCUUAACCCAUUUACUGACGAGUCAGGAUUAAUCAGGGUAGGUGGGAGGUUGAAGCAUGCACACCUUCCAUACAAUCAAAAGCAUCAGAUCGUCUCACCAGCAAGGCAUCACGUUACAGAAAUCAUUCUCAGAGAAGAGCAUAUCAGGCUAAAACACUGUGGCCCACAACACUUACUGGCUGCAAUCAGAACACGAUACUGGCCUCUUUCGGGGAGAAGAGAGGCCAGGAAAGUGGUAAGAAGGUGCAUACCAUGUUUCAAAUAUAGGCCUAACAUCAUAGAACUGAGAAUGGCGGAUCUUCCGGAGUCCAGGGUGACAGUUAGUAGACCAUUUGCUAUUUGCGGCACAGAUUACGCCUUUCAUCAUCAGAGAGAGUAA